AUGUAUGAGAUACGGGAGUUUGAACAGGGCAGACAUAUGAAGCGUUGUUUGUCUGCGUGGCCACAGAGCGUCACCUUGCAACGGCGGUUGGCCGAGCAACAUUCGCUUCCGCUAUUCUCCACCCACAAAAAGAAUCCGACACUUGCGUCAAACUCCGCGCACGAUGGCGGUGGUGACCCAGGACGCAGGCGCACCGGCAGCGAGCGCGCCAAGCGGCGACAACAACAACCCUGUGGCAAACCACACCAGCGUAGCAGAUACGGACACCCUCAUAAAGGAACUCGCGAAGAUCCUAGGAAAGAUUGA